GUUCCUGACGCACAAGGUUGCUGCCUGUGAGGACAAGGUUCCUGGCGGUGAGGACAACGUCUCUGGCGCUGAGAACAAGGUUCCUGGCGCUGAGGACAAGGUUCCUGACGCUGAGGACAAGAUUCCUGACGCUGAGGACAAGGUUCCUGGCGGUGAGGACGAGGUUCCUGGCUGGGGACAACGUUCCUGGCGGUGAGGACAAGGUUCCUGACGCUGAGGACAAGGUUCCUGACGCUGAGGACAAGGUUCCUGACGCUGAGGACAAGGUUCCUGACGCUGAGGACAAGGUUGCUGGCUGUGAGGACAAGGUUCCUGGCGGUGAGAACAACGUCUCUGGCCCUGAGAACAUGGUUCCUGGCGCUGAGGACAAGGUUCCCGACGCUGAGGACAAGGUUCCUGCCGCUGAGGACAAGGUUCGUGGCGGUGAGGACAAGGUUCCUGGCGCUGAGGACAAGGUUCCUGACGCUGAGGACAAGGUUCCUGACGCUGAGGACAAGGUUCGUGACGCUGAGGACAAGGCUCCUGGCGCUGAGGACAAGGUUCCUGGCGCUGAGGACAAGGUUCCUGGCGGUGAGGACAACGUCUCUGGCGCUGAGAACAAGAUUCCUGGCGCUGAGGACAAGGUUCCUGACGCUGAGGACAAGGUUCCUGACGCUUAG